AUGGACCUUGCAGACAACAGGCUAUCUGGGGUCAUACCAGCAUGUCUAGGAAAUUUAACUGGUAUGGUCUCGGAAGUUCAAUUUGAAGAUGCGAAGCCAUGUGAAGGGAAUGUGAUGAUUGUGGCCAAAGAAAGGGAAAUUGAAUACAGUAGCACACUUCCAUCGGUGAAGAUCAUAGAUCUUUCAGAAAAUAAUCUAUCUGGUAAGGUGCCUGAGGAGAUUACCAAGCUGCACAGAUUGGGUACAUUAAACUUGUCAAACAACCAUUUGACUGGGAGCAUUCCAUCAAAUAUUGGCAAUCUGAAGUUGCUUGAAACACUUGAUCUUUCAACAAAACAACUCUGUGGGAACCAGCUGCAAACUUUGAACGAUCCAUCUAUUUAUAAGGGUAAUCCAGGACUCUGUGGGGGGCCACUAGCUAAUAAAUGUGAGGAUGACAGAAUACCAAGUGAUCAUGCUGACGAUGACGCUGGUGAAGACAAUGUGAUAGAAAUGAAAUGGUUCUAUGUUGGAAUGUCAAUCGAAUUUGUUCUGGGAUUUUGGGGAGUGUGCGGAACAUUGUUGUUAAACAAGUCUUGGAGGCUUGCGUGUUUUCAACUCAUUGAUGAGAGGAAAGAGAAGGCAUCUAUGUUCAUUGCAAUGAGCUCGUCAGAAAAACGUUCAUUAGAACGAAGCUUAGAGAACCAACCAACCGAAGGUGAACAGACCAGGUGGGGUAUUCUCGUUCCAACUGUUCAAUUAAUUUUAUGGGACCAAACUGUUGGUGACAGAGUCACGUGUGUCCUCUCGAUCUAUGCCCCUAAACACAUAAUUGCAACUGUUCUUAAAUCUAAGGUUUGA